AUGCCAGUCUCCCACAUUGGUCUGACCGUUUCGCAUCUUCCAACUGCAACGUCCUUCUUUUUGGCAGCUCUACAGCCCCUUGGCUACCGCUACAUUGGCAAAUCAGGCGACCAAGUUGGUCUUGGUAUUGAGAAUGCAGACUUCUUCCUGUGCCAGGAAACCCCUGAUGUAAAGGCUGGCGCCGCACAUAUUGCCUUCACCGCUCCAAGCUCCACGGCCGUUCGCAAUUUUUACACCGCUGCAUUAAAUGCUGGCGCGCGUCCCAAUGGAGCACCCGCCGCCCGAUGUGCCGACAAGAGUCAAUUCAACGCUGCGGUGCUUGAUUUUGAUGGUAACAGCAUUGAAGUCGUCUACCGAGAGGGACCAGACAUGAAGGACGACGGCACCGUCGUCACCCACAGCAGGGUCAUCAAGUGGCAGCGCUCCUCCUUGGGAAAUCAUCGUGAUGACAGAAGUGCCGUCAGUUCCCGUGCUGCGCCCGAGGUCCCAGCAAACGCGGAAUCGGUAGCCUCCAAAGCAACAAAUGGAAAUGGAAACAUCAACAUCAAUAUAACACAGCCUGCUGCCCAACAGCCUGCGAAGAGUGGCGAAUCGGGAACCAAGACGCUGAUUGGAACCCUCCUUGGUGCUGCAGCCGGUGCUGCUGUUGCAUAUGCAAUGGUCAACAGCGAACGUGACAGCGCGAAGAAGGAAUCAGAGUUCAACGCGUACAUGGUCGCCAAGGAUACGGUGAAGGCUGCUGUGGGCCAUCUCGCUCAGGCCUCAUCCCAGCCCCAGCUGCCCCAACCGGCAGACCCACAACCCGCUACUCAGACCGCACCUCCACCGCAGUCAGUACACCGCAACAUCGACGCGCAGUCGUACUAUUCUUCUUCACCGUCCCAGCCACCUAGCAAUUACGCUCCAAGGCAGAUUGAGGCAGCACCCUCGAGUUACUACCAGCCACCGACUUACACGUCCGUGCCCCCUACGCAGGUUGCAGAGCCACGGGCCAUCGAAUAUGUACCGGCAUACUCGGUUGCGCCAUCGCAGGCGCAGUCGCAAGCAUCGCAGGCGCGCUCAAGAGUCCCCGCUUACCGCUCUCAAACCAGCCCUGAGCUGUUGACGAUGGAGAAGGCAAGAAGUGUCGCAUCGACACUGAAACCCGAAACUGUCGUCUCAAAUGCGAGAUCAUCGAGAAGCGCCGCUCAGAGUACUGCUCCCAGCGACUCGGAGAGCAGCUACUCAAAGUCGAAAUCGAGGAACCGUGCUCACAGUGUUGCCCCCAGCGAUGCUGAAAGCGGGGUCACAAAAUCGAGGUCCAGAAGCCAUGCUCCUCCCAGUGUUGCCGCUAGCGAUGCCGAGACCGUACUUGAGAAAGGAAAGUCUAGAAAUCUCCAGUGUUAUGCACAGAGUGUUGCACCUAGCACCCUCAUCUCUUCCUUUGUGCCUGAUCAAGUCGAAAGGAGGAGUAGCGCGGGUAGCAUUCAGUCGUAUCACUCAACCCAGUCCAAGACCAAGUCAACUGCCUCUCACUCAUCUAAACACUCCUCGCAUCCAAAGCACGGUAGUAGUCGUCACAGAGAUGGUGAGGAAAAGUCUUCUCCACCUCCACCUGAGUCCAAGGCUCCUUCGAAAGUUGGCAAGGCCGCCUCGAUGAUCAGUAGUUUCCUUGGGCGCGACAAGUCAAAGGCCGGCGAAGAUUACGACUUCAUUGACGACCUUGACAUUGAAGAGCUCACUGAAGAUGACGACGAUCUGAGCACCGUCGUGCCCAGUGACAGCAUCUCGCAGAUCGGCGGGCCUCCCCGUCGCCGCAAGCAUCGCCGCAGAAGCGAAAAGGAGGCUGAAGGCUCCGUCCUCGGCCACAAGAGCCGCAAGGACUCCGACUCGAUCAUCAGCAAACAGAGUUCUUCCUCUAAACACAGCAAGCGACCCCAUCACUCCCACCGCUCAAAUUCUCACCACUCGGAAGACGCUGCCGAUGACGAGGACUCCUCUCGCGCUCGUCGUAGCUCCCGUCCCUCUACUGUCUCAGAGGCUAGCGACGCUAGCACUGUCAGACCUGUCAAGGCCGAAGGCUCGGGCUCCUCCAAGGCUGGCACUAGGAAGGAUUCUGUGACCCAGGGACAGUACGAUGGCUUGUGGGAUCAGGUGCAGUAUGGAACCGGUGACGUUGCCGUCCGCGGUAUCACGCCUUCGAUGGUUUCUGCAGCCAACAAGAACAAGACCAGGACCAUGAUUGGCUUCAAUCACGCGCAGAAACAGCGCGUUUUUGAAGGCGCGUCCUCUUAG